AUGGCGGCGCCUGUGGCAGCUGCUGCCGGGCAGCUGCGAAGGGCUAUUCGGAGGUCGCCCCCAUGGCGGAACCCGAGCCGGCGGGUGCUCUCUUCCGAGCCCCCUGCAGUCCAGGCCACCGCCGUGCGGAAUACCUUCCUAAACUUCUUUCGGGACCGCCAUGGCCAUCGACUGGUACCCUCCGCUUCCGUGCGGCCCCGCGGCGACCCCAGUUUGCUUUUCGUCAACGCGGGCAUGAACCAGUUCAAGCCAAUCUUCCUGGGCACAGUAGAUCCACGAAGCGAAAUGGCAGGCUUCCGGCGCGUAGCCAAUAGCCAGAAGUGUGUGAGGGCUGGAGGACGCCACAGUGACCUGGAGGAUGUGGGCCGAGACCUCUCUCAUCAUACCUUCUUUGAAAUGCUUGGUAAUUGGGCCUUUGGAGGUGAAUAUUUUAAGGAGGAGGCUUGCAGCAUGGCCUGGGAACUGUUGACGCAAGUUUACGGGAUCCCUCAGGACAGGCUCUGGGUCUCCUACUUUGGUGGUGACCCUAAGGCAGGGCUGGACCCAGACCUGGAGAGCAGGGACAUCUGGCUCAGCUUAGGGGUUCCCACCAGCCAUGUGCUUUCCUUUGGACCACAAGAGAACUUCUGGGAGAUGGGGGACACUGGCCCCUGUGGACCCUGUACUGAGAUUCACUAUGAUCUGGCUGGUGGGGUGGGAACCCCCCAACUGGUGGAGCUUUGGAAUCUGGUCUUCAUGCAACACAACAGAGAGGCAGAUGGAAGCCUGCAGCCCUUGCCCCAGCGGCACGUGGACACAGGAAUGGGCCUGGAGAGACUAGUGGCUGUGCUGCAAGGCAGGCGCUCCACCUACGACACAGACCUCUUCUCCCCGCUGCUCAGUGCCAUACACCAGGGUUGCAGGGCACCCCCUUACUUGGGCCGAAUAGGGGCAGCAGACCAGGGGCGCACAGACAUGGCAUAUCGUGUGGUGGCUGACCACAUCCGGACACUCAGUGUCUGCAUCGCUGACGGCUUUUCCCCUGGGAUGUCAGGUGCCCCGCUGGUUCUUCGUCGGAUCCUCCGCCGAGCAGUGCGGUUCUCUACAGAGGUGUUGAAGGCCCCGCCUGGCUUCCUAAGCAGCCUAGUGCCUGUUGUGGUGGAGACACUGAGAGAUGCUUAUCCAGAACUGCAGAAGAGCUCCAUGCAGAUAGCCAGUCUGGUGUCAGAGAACGAGGCAGCCUUCCUGGCCUCCCUGCAGCGGGGCCGGCGGAUCAUCGAUCGAACCCUGAUGCGCCUGGGGCCUUCGGAUGUGUUCCCUGCCGAAGUGGCCUGGUCCUUGUCAGUGUCUGGGAACCUGGGGCUCCCCCUGGACCUCAUAGAGCUCAUGCUGGAAGAAAAAGGGGUGCAGAUGGACUCUGCUGGGCUGGCACGACUAGCUCAGGAGGAGGCCCAGCACAAGGCACGGCAGGCUGAGCCGAUUCAAGAGCAAGGACUCAGACUUGAUGUCCACUCCCUGGGGGAGCUGCAGCGGCGAGGCGUGUCCCCAACUGAUGACAGCCCCAAGUACAACUACUCUCUACGACCGAGUGGGGACUAUGAGUUCAGCACCUGUGAGGCCCAGGUGCUCCAGCUGUAUACAGAGGAUGGUACAGCGGUGGCCUCUGUGGGGGGUGGCCAACGGUGUGGCCUCCUCUUAGACAGGACCAGCUUCUACGCUGAACAGGGGGGUCAGACUUCAGACCGAGGCUACCUGGUGCGGGUAGGACAACAGGAUGUGUUGUUCCCAGUGGCCCGGGCCCAUGUCUGUGGGGGCUUCAUCCUACAUGAGGUGGUGGCCCCAGAGUGUUUGCAGGUGGGGGACCAGGUGCAGCUGCACGUGGAUGAGGCCUGGCGUCUGAGCUGCAUGGAGAAGCACACAGCCACUCACCUGCUCAACUGGGCACUGCGGCAGACCCUGGGCCCCAGCACGGAGCAGCGAGGCUCCCAUCUCAGCCCUGAGCGACUGCGCUUCGACGUGGCCACUCAGGUCCCGCUGACCCCAGAGCAGCUCCAGGCAGUGGAGGGCGCUGUGCAGCAGGCAGUGGAGCAGGAUGAAGCUGUGUACAUGGAGGAGGUGGCCCUGAAGCUCACUGCUCAUGUUCCUGGCCUGCGCUCGCUGGAUGAGGUAUACCCAGACCCUGUGCGGGUGGUGUCAGUGGGGGUGCCAGUGGCCCAUGCGCUGAACCCCGCCUCCCAGGCUGCACUGCAGACCUCCGUGGAGCUGUGCUGUGGGACCCAUCUGCUACGAACAGGAGCUGUAGGGGACCUGGUCAUCAUCGGGGAGCGCCAGCUUGCCAAGGGAACGACCCGCCUGCUGGCGGUCACUGGGGAGCAGGCCCAGCAGGCCCGAGAGGUGGGCCAGAGUCUGGCCCAAGAGGUAGAAGCAGCCGCAGAGCGUCUGAGUCGGGGCAGCCGGGACGUGGCAGAGGCACACCAGCUGUCCAAGGACAUGGGACGCCUCACUGAUGCUGUUGACACGGCUGUGAUGCCCCAGUGGCAGCGGCGGCAGCUUCAGGCCACACUGAAGGCGCUGCAGCGGCGAGCCAACACUGCCAUCCGCAAGCUGGAAAUGGGGCGGGCUGCACAGAAAACCCAGGAGCUGCUGGAGCGGCACUCAGGGGAGCCAGUGAUUGUGGACACAGUUUCUGCUGAGUCCCUUUCCGUGCUGGUGAAGGUGGUACGGCAGCUGUGCGAGCGGGCACCUAGCACGUCUGUGCUACUGCUCAGCCCCCAGCCCCUGGGGCGUGUGCUCUGUGCCUGCCAGGUGGCCCAGGGGACUGCACCAGCCUUCACAGCAGAGGCCUGGGCACUGGCUGUAUGCAGCCACAUGGGGGGCAAGGCCUGGGGCUCUCGAGUGGUGGCCCAGGGCACCGGAAGCACUGCUGACUUGGAAGCUGCCCUCAGCACAGCCCGAGCCUAUGCCCUCAACCAGCUCUGACCCACGGCCCCCCAGGACUCACAUGAACUAAAGAGACAGGGAUAGGCUGGUUCCAGGAGCUCUGAAGCAACCAGCAGAACUCCCCCCGGUCUGAAGCCAAGGACUGGAGGCUAGAGGCCAAAGCACCUGAGCAGAAGGCCACCGCGGGCCAAGCCCUGUACGGACUAAUGGAGAUGCAGGCUGGGAAGGCAGAAGCAGGCUCAGGGAUACACCCCCACUCUGUGACUGAAGACACCUGCUAUGCUGGCUGUGAUUACUCAUUAGAGAGUAUUCCACUAAGGACAGGAGACUCCAAACCUUCUUUUAUUUAAAAAAAAAAAAAGUAGACCUCCCUCCACCCAAGCAACCUGGAAUGGGGUGCAAACCUGGACAUGGAAGUACCAACCAGUCUGAUCCCUCACAAUGGACAACGAAAUCAGAACCAUCUUCAUUGUCACUAGUGCCCAGGCAGGCUCUAUGCCAUUCUGUUCUGGGCACCAACAAAGACCGGCCACCCAGAUUCAGAACUGUCAUGAAAGGCAUUAUAGCAGGACAGAGCUUCUCUGGUGUCACUUACCUCGUUAAUGUCAGUGACAUCUUUUUAAUGAAGGCCCUGCCAAUUUAUGGUAAAGUGAGCAACAGCCACAGUUAGUUGCUGAAACUAGGGAGAGGAACAAGCAGGCAAAAAUUCUUGCUCCUUUGGAGCUUACUUCUGGGGAAACAGACAAUAAAGAGAAAGAAGAAUGUG